AUGGGCCCAGCACAGCCAGCGAGAACCGUGUGUAACAACCCUCAUCUUGAAAUUGUUGAAUCGAUGGCAGACUCACUACCAGACCUCAAAGAACUCGCCGCAGACCUUCCACUUCCUCCCAAAAUCGAAAAUGACAUCCAAGAACUCGAGACACAUCUGUCGCGAUACGUCGAUGAUGACCUGGAUGAUUUCGACCAUUGGACGAAAAUUAGGGAUCUGGCCAGAGAGGUAGCUAAUCAACUGAGGGACCUGAGAUUUAGACAGUCUGUCGGGUCAAAAACCAAAAUAUUUCCCUACAUAAUCAAAACGAUCAAUAAGGUCAUUGCAAAAAGGCCGGCGGUCAAAGUAAACGAGAUGCAUUCACCUGUCAUCUCAGUCACGCAGUUGCUCAGAAUAGUCGGGAAUCUGGUCCAUACAUCCGACGACAACCGUCACAAAUGUCUCGAUGCUGGUGGGGCACCUGCCAUAAAAUCUAUGAUCGACAUGUUCGUGGAUAUGUCCCUGGUUGAUGACGUAUGCUACGAGGAAGAAAUUAGAAUUGCUCUGAUUGUAGCCACCAAUUUCAGUGUUGAGUUCCAGCCUGCUCAAGAUCUUCUAGCCGAACUUGGGCUGACAGCAUCUUUAUCGCGACUGAUCGAGUAUGCUUAUUCUAAGCGGUUGGUCUGGAUGUCGUUUCCUCUAAUCCUACUCGAUGAAAUGAUUGGAAUGGAGGCAGGAUGGAGUCGUGUUCCAGACACCUUGCUCUGUACAUUAGCUCAAAUGAUCGUUUAUUAUGCCGCCCAGGCCGAACCAGAUGACUCAGACCCACCGAAGGAAGAAAAUCUCAACGUUCAAAUAGUCGUGCUGGCCUCUCAGAUUUUACAGACGCUGGUAGAACAUGCGACUUCAGGACGUUACACCUCAUGGCUCUUUGUCACCGCCGAUCCGGUAUCAUACUCGUUUUCAGAUGACCCAGUAACACCGAUGUGGCUCAGACUGGUGAUGUUCUUGCGCUCGGCAUACCGUGGAAUCGAAGCUGCUCCAGGUACUUAUCAUGGAGAGAUCAAAUACAAUCUCUACAGUAUCAUCAAGAUACAGAUUAUCCAAGCUUUAGUCUUAGCGAUGGCACAUGUUCAGGUCACGCCUGAGGCUAGACUAAUGAUGUAUGACAUCUUAGCUGAGUGGGUAAAGGAGGAUACCAUCCUAAGGAAUCGAGUUGAUUUGGUCAUCAUGUGCGGUCUUUGGCUCAGCAAUCUAGCUUGUGAUGAGGAGGCUUGCCGGGUUCUUGUGGAGGAGUAUCAGAUUUUGGAAACCCUGGUGAAGAUUUUUGAAGUUUGGUCGCCGUCUAGGUUGGGACUACCGGAAGACGCCGCAGUAUGCAAGGCUAAACCGGGACAGCAAGCCCAAGUUUUACAUGGGUGGUGUGGUCUAGCUAGGAACCUUGCAGUGCCAGGUAUUUACAAGGACAAGCUCGGUGAACUCGGAAUGGUAGAAUAUGCUUUGGAGUGCUUGAGGCCCGAGUUUGAUAUUGUCGAGCCGUUGAGUGGCACAGCAGCAGCCUUGCUCCGGCAUUUGUGUAAAAAUAACUCUGGGAACGUGGUGCGAGUACUUGAAUCGAAUCGUGUUGAUUGCAUAGUUAACUUAGCUAAACGCAUGGAGCAACCAUUUUUAAUUCUCGAAACCUCACGGCUAUUGUCUGCAUUAAUCAACACCGCAGCUCAAGGCGAAACCUCAAAAUCGGAAAAGUUUGCUUCAGGUUGGAUGGUCCUUUACUCAGAAACAACAGUCGAUGCAAUAGCUCGCUUUGCCUACUUUGCUAUAAUUUCUCAGCAUUUCGUUCUGAUUAACGAAGCCCUCAUAUCACUCACCCUUCUGGCCGUGAAUCCUAGUCUGGUGCAUUGCCUAUGCAGCAGCCUCCUCAAAGUUCAAGGUGAAGGACCAUCGUCAGCAUCGGUAGUUAAUUCCGGUGAUAGUGAACCAGUUGACCCCGACGAUAAAUUUCGCACGGCUUUAGCCGCUUUAUUAUGCCUUGCGAUCCCAGUUGAUACCAACGCAAUCGAGGGUAGUAAAGAAGGUACCAAGAAAGGUCAAGACGAAACGGAUGGUCAAGCGGGGGGAGGCGAAAAAACAAGCGGGUCAGAAAAAGAAGACGAAGACGAAGAGGAGCUACCAGAGGAAGCUAAAAAGUUAAUCAAAGAGCUCCCUAUCCAAAUGAAACACAACUUGUUUGUUGCUUUGACUUCACUUGGACAGCAAGCGAUGAAAAUCCCUCCUCAAACCGAAGACAAAGAUAAAGGCGAAUCGGAUGUCAAACGAAUCCAAGAUAUCUUGCUAAACCAUUACAAAACGUAUCUUCCAAAAGAACCUCCCGCGUCCGAUUCAACCCCACAGACUACAGAAAACUCUCUCGUUGUCCAUCAAAACACCGAUGAUCUCCAUAUCCCCACUUCUUUUCUCGAGUUAUUAGGAGUUUGGGGCGUCACAGUCACUUAA